AUGGAAGGGGAACCAUCACACACAACCGCUAAACUCUAUAGCAAGUACUGGGAUGAAGCUUACAAGACCUUGGAUAGUGGCAUUAAGGAUGAUUUGAGAGACUUGAGAUCCAAAUUCGACAAAGACACCAAGAAUGCUAUCGCCACCUUGAUCAAAAAAAAGCCAGACUCAAAUACUAGAUCUGUUUUAGAUCAACUUGUUGGCAUAGACUACUGUAAACUUGGCAUCGAGGCUAAGGGCGAGCUACAGCGGCUUGCCUCAACCGCAAGAAAAAGCCUCGACGAAAAGACAGCCCAAGACCUUCGCCGCAUCCAACUUGAUUGUCAGAAACGUCACAAUAUCGGGAGUUAUGGCAGUGGCGAUGACGUGAGCCAUGUGUCUUUAGACAGUCUAGUACAGAUCUGCCGAGAACGUCAAAUGCUUGCAGAAACAAAACAGUGGAAGUUUCAGUUCUUGGGAAAGGAGCAAAGCCUAACCUCACUCUGGGGUAACGUGGUGGACGGCAUCGACAAGCUCAAGCCCGUCGGAGACCUGGUAACGUCAAGUGAUAACACUGCCGGUCUCGUGUGGGGAAUUGUCAAAGUACUUCUCGAGCUUGCUGUUCUGGGUGAGAAAGGAGCUGGCUCAGUGUUGACCGGAAUGCAAACAGCUGUGAAUACCAUGCAGAGAGCCUUCAUCUUCGAGAAACAAAUCCAAGAAGUCACGCAAGGCCGAUCUCCAGACAAAUACCCGAUUAAACCAUUAGAGACAGUUCUCAUUUCUACCUACCAACGCCUCUUCAGGUUCUUCUUUACUGCAGCCACCUCUCUGAAACAAAACAAGCCGAGUUUGUGUUGGUAUGUUUUUUGGAGUGCUAGAGAUAUCUUAGAAUUCGAACAAGAUGUCAUUCAAUACGAGCAGAAGCUCUUCCAAGAUGCAGCGAUCAGUAUGAUGAUCACUCAAGGCGCCAUGGUAAAGGAGGUUCGUGAUUUACUGCAAGACUGGAAUUUACGUCUUCCGGCCAGACAAACUACUCUGGAAAACGAUUUCAAAGUCUCCCCACAGGGCGAGAUAGCCCUCAUACUGCAGGGGAUAAUGUCUCGAUUGGAAGACAAUCAACGUCUUAUGGAUGAACACUUCUUGAAGGUGGAUAGAGAUCAGAUGCUGAGCUGGUUUUCCACCACCCCGAUCGAGGACAACCACAAAUAUGCCAAGGAACGGCGAACCAAGAAUACAGCCAAGUGGAUCUUUCGAAAAGAAAAGUAUCGCAAUUGGAGCGAGGCUGAUGGUCCUUGUUUGCUUUGGCUUAAAGGAAACGCUGGAGCUGGAAAGACAGUCGUUAUGUCCAGAAUUGUUGAACAGUUGCAUGCUUCCGCUAAGGGAGACUCGACUUUUGCCAAACCUCAGGUCGCAUACUUCUACUGCAAACGAGACGAUGUCCAUAGGAGGUUCAGCGAAAACAUUUUUCUAAGCUACAUUCGUCAAUUGGCGUCUGAAUACCACCCUUUACCAGACAAGACACGACAAAUCUACCAAGAGAAGAGUCGAUCGAGUGCACUGUCGACACAAGUGUACGAUGAAGAAUAUUUAGCACUUCUCAUUGAACUCAUACCGCAAACGGCAACAACGAUCCUGAUCCUGGACGCUUUGGAUGAAUGUAUCGGAAAUGAGUCGCAAUCAUCAGCUUCGAGUAGUGAGAUGACCAAAGUGUUAGAAGUGUUCAAGAAGCUACGCGCGUCAAGACUGCCGAUCAAGAUUCUUGUGUCAAGCCGCUAUGACAGCCUUAUUCAAGACCGUUUGAGCGGCUCAGACUCGCAAGAUAUGAUUGAAAUCUCCCAAGACGACAACAGCGAGGACAUCCAAACAAUGGUCAAGGGCCGCAUCAAGGAAUACGAAAGAAAGUGCAAGAAGAGCAUCAUCACUGAGGAGUUGAAAAAACACAUUCUGGACGUAUUUGAAGAAAAGGCCCAAGGGAACUUCCAAUGGGCAUUUCUGCACAUUGACGACCUUUUGAAUGGACUGCUAGAAAACACUAUACGGGGGCCUCGCGAGCUCAGUGAAGAGCUAGGAAGAUUACCGGAAGGCUUGAUUCAAUCAUACCACAAUAUCUUCAAGCGCCUUGGCACCCUCAGAAAGCCACAGGAACAGACAGCAUAUCGGGUUCUCCAAUGGCUACUUGCCUCGAAGGGUUCUUGCGACAAGGAUGCUCUGAUUGCCGCCACCUGCCAGCGGUUGGUGGGAGAGCCUGGAGAGGCGCCCGACCAAGUAGAGGGUGGCGAGGGGUUUAUCCUAACAGCCUGCAAACCUCUAGUCGUCACCGAGGGGUCUGUCUUUCGAUUCUAUCACUUGUCAGUCCAGGAGUACUUUGAAGAACACCACCCCGACCUUGCGAAAAGCUGUCAUUUUGACGUUGCGAAGGUGUGUGUAUGGAUUUUGUUUCGAUAUGACACUCAAUCGACCGCCUUAGCACGUUGGUUGCAUCAUUAUGAUGCAGCUUCGACUCAGGAAUCGAGCAAAAUCGGUAAACUCUGGGAUUUUGCCUGCAAAAACUGGUACACUCACUUCCGGCAGAUCUCUACACCGCAGGAGAAAAACGAGAUCACGGUCAUCAUAAAUGCUGCGCAUCAUGGUAGCUUCACUGCCUGGCUCAAUGUUAGUGCAACCCGCUUGAUCAAAGGCAAAGGGAAGGACCAAUCCUUUACCAAUGUUGUUUUCAGUCCACGGCUUUGGACUGAGCAGCUGACGACCUCUCAAACGAGUUCUAUAUUACGUCCUUAUUUGGUGCUUGAGACAGCUGUGACUUGCGGGAUUCUAAUGAAGUUUUGCACAUUUAUUAAGAAGGGCAUGACGGGAGAAAUUACUUUGCAUGACUAUGAGCGCUUUCAAGCUCUCAUCCAGCGGUCAAUGGAAAGUAAAGCUGGAGACGACACGUGGCGGCCACUAAAUCUCCAAGGUAGUGACUGGCCUGCCGAGUUAAAGUCGGAUUUUCUAAAACUCGAACGAGACCCUAGCAUUGGAAAGCCGUUUUGGACACUUUGCAGGAUGCUGAAGAGUUUCGAGGGUAUGGUGUAUAACAAACUCAGCAACACCAGUUUGGAGGACACGUUGUAUAGGAAGCGCUACCGCUACGGUUUCGGGGAUAUGUUACCUGACCAUUUCUUCGAUAUCUAUUCCAUUGAUACGGCAUCUGGCAAUUUCUACUCCAACAGGGUCGAGAAUGAAAUGUAUGGCAAGCACUACGGCACCGAAAUAGUGGGCGGCAUAUUUCUUCCAGCGGACAAGCGCGGGAUUGAUUAUACCCCCGAAUGCUACGAAGAGCUCGCUCGGUUAGUGCUACUGUUCUGCGUCAACGAGGACAACGGUUUCGUGUGCGACUCUGUCAAAUAUUUAUUCGACCAUUUUCCAAACGCUAUCGAAAUUCAAUAUCGACACCUCGUGUCACCUUUGGUACUCGAUUGGGACUCUCUGCUCGUGGAUGCGGCUGGUCUAACAGGCAUGGACACAAGGUUCCUAGCUCUGCUACUCAGUCAUGGAGCGAACCUCAAUGCGGUAACGCCGAAAGGAACGCCACUCAUUGCGGCUAUCUCUUCUCAGAAGGUUGAGAAUGCCAAGUUUCUACUUGAACAAGGCGCUGACGCACGAAUAAUGUGUCGAGAAGGCAAACACGGCAAUGCCUUGAUCGCAGCGUGCUCUGUCGAGAAUCCAGAUUUUUUUAGUAUCUUACUGGAAAACCAAGUCAUUGAUGCCGAGGCCGUGGCAACCACAGGCGAAUGUGCCACGGCUUUAAUUGCAGCUUGUCGAAAUGAUCGUGCAGAACGGGUUAAAAAACUGCUGGAUCACGGGGUCGUCGUCGAGAGAAGAGUCAACAGCGGCAUGUAUCCUGAUGCCCUAUACGCUGCAGUAGAAGGCCAAUCUAUAAGAUGUGUGCGGCUCCUGUUGAAUCACGGCGCUAGAAAGACUACGAGGGCAACUCACGGGACCUGGGUAGAGAAUUGCUCGGAAAGCAUUGGCCUCGGUCCUCUGAAUACGAUCGACGACAAAAGCCGAACGAUCUCGAAGUGGUUAAUCUUGAGUUUCAUCCAGGACAACGAUCAUGAAGACCAAAGCCAGAACAACAAGGAUGCAGGUCGCAGAGAAGAUAUCAAUCAACAAAACACCAUCGAAGGAGCCGAUAAUGAAGAUAGCAGCGAUGGCAUGAGCGAUGGAAGCAGCGACGGAAGCAGCGAUGGAAGCAGCGACGGAAGCAGCGAUGGAAGCAGCGACGGAAGCAGCGAUGGUAGUAACGAUGGGAGCGAGAGAGCCGGACAAGAAUGGAAUAUUGCCCCUUCAAGUACUGACAAGGCCACGGGACAACAAGGAGACUCAGCUCAGAACCAGGAUCCUAAGGGCCCCCAUUACAGCAUAGAGGAAAAUGUCUUUCAGUUGUGCAAGAGACUGAUGCCUGAUUAUUGGCAAGAUCCUCUCGCUGUCAGGCGUGGACUCAUGCGAGCGUGUGGAUUUGCAUCGUCGAGACAUGAAAAUGCUUUGGGUAAAGGCUUUCAAGUACUUUUCGAAAAAACCACGGAAAGGGGACUGGAUAGUGUGCUUAAAGCUUGGGCAAGGUUUCUGGAUUUAGCUGAAGAGUGUCAAAAGGUGGAAGAGUUUGACAAAAUGGUUGACUUGCUUGCUGACGGAGGCGUGCCGAAGGACUUUCAACUACAACGGGUUAUGACAUUCUUUGAAAUGGAUCCUUAUUCAGAUGAGGACGGUGAAGCUUGGAGUAAUGAUGGUAGUAUAGACUAA